CCCUCGCCACCAUGGUAGAGUAUUUGUGCUCGGCAUCCGAUGCCCUGCCUUUCCUCUCGUCUUCCUUAUCCCCCGGCACAAUAUCAUAUUUUCGUACCGUGCGACCCUCUUCCUCAGCUCCCCUGUUCCUCUCACUCUCUCUCUCUCGAAGCUCCGUGGCGCGAUGCACGACUGGGCGCCGGCGAUCAUAGCGACGGCGCUGUUCGCCCUGCUGUGCCCGGGAGGGAUCCUCCAGCUGCCCGGCCGGCAGCGGACGGUCGACUUCAUGAACCUCAGGACCAGCUGCUUGUCCAUCCUCGUCCACGCCGUCAUCUACGGGGUGCUGCUCAUGCUCUUCGUCGUCAUCUUGCAGGCUCAUCUCUACGUCUGAUCUUACCUUAUCUUAAUGAGAAGGCCGUACCACCAUGUAAGAAGACAAAACCAGUCUGCGAUCUAACAUCAUGGGGAUCUGACAAGUGUCCAUCAUUGCAAUACCCCACCAUGGUUCUCUCUUGAUUUUUCUGAUAGAAUAAACCAAGAUCUUUGGUGCCUUGAAGAUAUAUAUAAAUAUUCUUCACACCAACCCAAUGACUUUUCAUUGAUGAGUAUCUAGCAAGUAAAUCAACUGCAAAUGCUAUAUCAGGUCUAGUGCAGUGUGCUAGAUACAUUAGCGCACCAAUGGCACUGAGAUAUGGAAACUCUGGCCCAAUAUCUCUUCAUAACCCUUAGGCCUAGAUGGGUCCUUAUCUCUAUCAAGGAACCUGACGACCAUAUGUGUUUUUGACGGGUAUGCUUUAUCCAUAUUGAAUUUUUCCAGUAUCUUUUGGAUGUAAGCAUACUCAUGAACAAGUAUUCCUAAAGAAAAAAUUUCAAGUUGCAA